UUGAGAUCUCACAAAUCUCCACAAUUCAACUUUGAUCCGGUGCUGAUAUGUGCGUCAAAAAUAUGAACACUGUGAUGCGACAGAUAACACUGACGUUGAUGGUGAGUAGUCUAGGGAUGGUUUACUGCGAACCACCGUUGAGUAACCAAUAUGGCGUUCCUGCAAAUUUACCGGUAAGCAGCAAUCACGAAUCUCAGGGAGGCAUAACAAAUAGCUACGGUGCUCCAUUGGGACCAUCUCCUGAUGGUCAUACUCAUCACGACGAGCAUCAGGACUACAUUGACAGUCAGCCAAAAUCAUAUGAAUUUGGAUACGCAGUUAAAGAUUCAGCAACGGGUAAUGAUUUUGGACGACAAGAAACUAGUGAUGGUGAAACGGUACGAGGAGAGUAUCGGGUACAACUUCCGGACGGAAGAAUUCAGAUAGUCACGUAUACUGCUGAUUGGCGAACUGGAUUUCAUGCGGACGUCAGAUAUGAGGGUGAAGCUACUUAUCCAGAUCAAUAUAAUACUGGAUAUAACAACAACUUAAACAAUAAUAAUAAUAAUAAUAACAACAAUAAUGGAUUCAACAACAACAACAACUUAAACAAUAAUAAUAACAAUCUUGGUUAUAACAAUAAUAAUUUUAACAAUUAUAACAAUGCCCCUGGAUACAACUACGAUAAUCCAAAUCCAAAUCCUACCAAUACUUAUCAAAGAGGUUACAAUUACAAUCCCGGCAAUCAAGGACCAUACAAUAAUAAUAACAAUUAUCAAUUUGGAUCACAAGGGCACAACCAAUACAAUAAUGGUUACUCUGGAAGUAAUUCUUUUGGAUCUCAAGUACCACCACGGCCAACCUAUGGUACACCACAGUUUCACUGAAAUUAAACACUAAUAUAUGUCAGUUAAUAUACUUUUAAAUGGAUUUAAAUGUCGUCAAAGAGAACAACAGCCAUGACGUUUAUUGAUUCAUCCGUUGUGGUAACGAGAAAUUUAUUUCGAGGGUUGGAGAACAAAAA